CUGUGACGGGGGAAAACUGGACAAGCCAAACAACACCUUUAUUCUUCCGUGCGUCUAUCUAUUCCCAAGGGUUUGCUCUAAUUUUCUUAUUAUUUUGUCCCCUUACAGUAAAUUUACCUCGAGAUGAGCGAUUCUGGGGACUCAAAACCUCCCUCAACAAGCACAGAACAUAUCAACUUGAAAGUAGGAGGUCAGGAUGGUGCGGUUGUACACUUCAAGAUCAAGAAGAAAACUCCGCUUAGAAAACUAAUGAAUGCUUAUUGUGAUCGCCAGGGGCUAGUGAAGGGCCAGUUGCGAUUCCAGUUUGAUGGGAAUCCAAUCAAUGAUGAUGAUACUCCAGAAACUCUUGAGAUGGAAGAGGAUGAUUGCAUUGAUGUAUUUCAGCAACAAACUGGAGGAGUAUGGGUAUUAUGAAGAUAUUAUAUAUGUACUCUAUCACAUUUGRUUUUAUAGUAUCUUUAUUCAAAAGACUCUAAAGAGGAAGAUCAUUGUACUAUGGAUAUCAGUAGAGUGGUAAAACAGAGCCCACAAAUCUGUGCCACAUGAUUGAAUUUUUCUGUACCACGUGAUCUGACAUUUUUGAAUGAAAUGAUUGGCCAGAAACCAUUCUCAUACCCAGAGCCUCCUCAUAGCAAAAAUCGGAAGCUCUGGCA